AUGGAUCUUCCCCUGAAUGUUGCUGAUAACCUGAAUUCAUCAAGACAACAUUCAGAUGAAUCGCAGAAUCCCCCAGUGGUAUAUGACACAACAGAUGCCAUUAACUAUAUGAGAGAAGUUAGAGACACUUUCCUAGAUCAAAAGGAGAAAUAUGAUGCAUUCAUUGCCCUUAUGAGGGAGUACAAAGAUAAAAGGGUUGAUAAUCCGGGAGUCAUUGCCGGAUUGAAGAAACUGUUUGAAGGGCAUCCGAACUUACUUCUAGGUUUCAAUAAAUUCUUGCCCCGGGAGUUUGAAAUCACGCUGGAUAAUGAAGAAGAGGUUACCCCUGAUGAGCUCACAAGGGAAUUUGAGGAGGCUUCAAGUUUCGUCGAAAAGAUAAAGGAGCGUUUUAAAAGCGACCACCCUAUCUACACUUCUUUUUUGGACCAUCUGCAUGCGUACAAGGAUGGAAAAAAGAGCUUUGAUGAGGUCUACUGUGAGGUUGAAUCACUUUUUAAGGAUCACCCAGAUUUGUUGGUCGAGUUCAGCACAUAUAUUGGAGACGAUUAA